AUGUCGGUCCCCCUGCUCAAUGUCUCGACCACAACCUGCAUCACGAAACCGGACGUGUUGGCGCUUUCCAGCAAGGCAGGUCUCGAUGUCUCGGACGCCCUUGCUGAAGCUUGCUGCCCCGUGAUCGCCGCGCUCGAUGGGUGUGCACAGAUUGUCAUGGAACGAGACGACUACGUGCCUCAACUCGACCUGCCCCGAUAUCCACGCACGGCCAUCGAGACUUCGAUCGAUCCCAAUCUGGACGGGGGAGGAUGGGCAAGCAAGGCUGUCGUCACCUGUACGCAUCCUCAGAGUAAGCUAUUGGCCGGCCGCAUCCUCGCGUUGAAGGACAACAUUGCUCUAGCCGGCGUCAGAUGUACCAAUGGGACGGAUCUGGCGGGCUGGACGCCCGAUUUCGACGCGACCGUCGUGAAACGAAUCUUGGAUGCCGGAGGCACGAUAGUCGCCUGCGAAAGUGGUUGUUGGAGCACGGUGAGUGACACCGCCAUCACCGGACCAGUACGCAAUCCCCAUCACCCCGGCUACAGUUCCGGUGGCUCAAGUAGCGGGAGCGCGAGGCUGGUGGCAGGUGGGGCGGUCGACAUGGCACUCGGUGGUGAUCAGGGAGGAUCGAUCCGUGUCCCUGCAUCGUCGUGUGGCAUCGUCGGACUGAAGCCGACCUGGGGCCUGGUGCCAUAUAGCGGCAUCCUUGGAGUGUCGGCCGUCAUUGACCAUGUCGGCCCCAUGGCGAGAACUGCCGUAGACUGUGCUCUGCUCCUCGAAGCCAUCGCUGGGCCCGACGGAAUUGACGACCGUCAGCCCCAUGUCAAGUUCUUCCCCUCGAUCCAGUAUCACGAGCCCGUCCUGCGGCAUCUGGCCCGGGCAGACCCCAAGCCUCUGGCUGGCAUACGCAUUGGCGUGCUCGAGGAAGGCUUCCAGCACCCGCGACAAGACGAGUGCGUGUCGACGGUGGUACAUGCAGCGGUCGACAAACUGCGAGAUCUGGGGGCCGAGAUCAGGUCGUGCUCCAUCCCCGAGCACCGUGACACGGAGCUGGUCUGGAUGUGCGCCCUUCCUGCCUUUGCCUUCACCCAGGGACUCGUUCUCAACUCCAGCGGGCGCAAGCAACUUGCUUUGACCGGCCCUGCGGCGUUGGGAAAUGGCCGCCUCACCCAGCCGGCGUUUGACGUGGUCAACACAGCUGGCCAGAAUCUCUAUCUGAGAGGACUCUACCUCCAAGAGAAAUAUGGGCCCUCCCUGGUGUCUCGAUGUACAAACCUGCUGAGGAAACUGAGUGACGAAUAUGAGGCGGCAUUGCAGGAUGUGGAUGUUCUUGUUAUGCCAACCUCGCCCUUGCCACCUGGACGCAUCUUUGACUCGAGGAGCGAGGGAAGUCCUUUUGACAGGCUCAAGCGCACCACAGGCAUCACGGCCAACACGGCACCGUUCAAUGCAUCUGGUCACCCUGCACUGAGCAUGCCAGUGGGCUGGUCGCCUGCGCAGGACGAUCCAUCCGUGCUUUUACCGGUGGGCAUGCAGCUCGUGGGUCGGAAAUUCGAGGACCUGCUUCUUUUGAAGGUCGCAGCGUCUUGGGAGAAACAGAACGAUUGGAGGCAGAACUACAGAAAGUGA